GCCUUGGCACAGUUUCAAGUGGACUUCGAUUCUCUCCAGCCCUUUGCAAUGUUCAAUAUAAAGUUAAUCAUCCUGGUUGCCCUGACCAUCUCCAUGGUCCAGAGCUGUUCCGUUGAAGAGCCGGAAGAGGUCCAGUGCGGGUGUAGGUGUGGCAAGCAGCAGUGCCUCUCGUGCGGAUCCAAAUCCUGCGGAUGUGGCUGCAAGCCCUGUCGAUGUGCUUCCUCCUGGGGGUGUGGCUGCAAGGAAUAAUCCAGGACUCCAGUCCUAGCACAAAAAAGGUGUAAAAUAUUUCAUUAAUAUACCCAAAUUCCAGGACCCCUUGACGACUUCACCAUUAGAAAACAUUCGUUUUUCAAAUUGUUUGUUUUUCCUUUUCAUUAAAGUACUGCUACAUUUUGCAAA